AUUCUUAUGACGGCGGACUUGCGUCGUUCUCACAUUACCAUACGCGCUUUACACCAGAGGAGGGAGGGACCCGACAUACAGACGCUGACUGCGGAUUAUACGCCCACAACCAGGAAGACCCCCACACCAGUCCCAAGGAGUGUUCCCAACCGUUCGAGACUGACCAUGGCCUUCACUUCCUGUGUAUGUUCCCUCCUGGUGUUGCUAGGGAUGCUAGGGAAGGAUGCUGCCUACCCCCAGGGGGCCAACGAGAUGUCCUGUGCACAACUAUUGCCGGGUCACGGGAAGGAGGUGACACACACUAAACCCUACAGCCUACUCGUCAACAGGUUGACAGUGUACCCAGGGGACACAAUCAAAGUCACCAUCGAGGGAACGAAAUCAUUCAAAGGCUUCUUAGUUAAGACAGUCAAUACUCAGACUGGUAACACCAUCGGCUACAGCAUCCCCGGGAGCAACAUGGGCGACAGGUGUGGCAAAUCCGGAGUAACACACAAGGACGGUCGAAUACCGAAGAACAGGAGAACAUUCGACUGGGUCGCACCUUCAAACGCCAAUGCUGGAACGGUUAUACAGUUCAGGUCAGUCAUUGUGGAGGAAAAACGUUUCUACUACUACGUGAACUCCGCCAACGUGGUUAUAGUGUCACGACCGAUCACCCAAGCUCCAACCACACCCAAACCACGCCCACCCGUCGGCGGAUUCACCUUUGGCAUCUCGAACGAACGUCAGGCCGGAAACUCACAGUCACGUGACACAAACGCGCAGCCGCACCUACCAAGGGAGAUAACUGGAAUAGAUGGAUCGCCCCAAACUGCUGAACAAAUUCAGAAGGAGAUUACACGGGUGGGACAGAUAACUCGUUCAGCGAUUCAGUGGUCGUGGCGACGGUUCCUUCAUCUCAUAUUUCCUAACGUUAAUUGGUCAGCUUCACGUUCCUAAUCUCCCUCAGUAUCAAUUUCUUUUUAUUCAUCCUCAGUUUAAGGUAAUAUUUGUCAUAUCAUCUAGGAGGAAACUGCCGUUUGUAAAAUGCAUAGCGUUUGGACAUUGACGUAGGAAACCCUUUAAUCUACCGCAGCACCAUGUGACAUUGUUCGUGUAUGUUUGGGAUUGAUUAUUUAAUAUUUAGGUGGGGUAGUGGUGGUGGGGUAAGGAACUGAUUACUUCUACAAGACAAUUUAUUUCUGGAACGAUGAGCCAAAGAAUCUUUUUUUCAAAAAAAUUCAGGACCUAACGCAUGUCCGGCCUGAGGCAAACAUCGCGGUUGUUUUUUUUUGUUGUGUUUUUGUUUUUUGGGGGGAAGGGGGGACACAUUCUUUUGUUUAAAAUUCCCAGGCCCACACCCUGAAUAUCAUAUUGCUGGUUCUUCGGUAUUUGCAGUUUACCUACAUUUAUCCCCUCCGAUUUUCUGCUGCCUGUCAAGAGUCUCUUCUUUCUUACUACUAAAAUAAACUUUGUCAUUUU